CUACUAUAUGGGCUUUCGACACCCCGAUAUAUUAUAAAAGACCAAAAGAAUUACUCUCCCACGAUUAUUUUCAAAAGUGAUCCCAACCGCUGUCCGCGACGCACACACCGCACGGGCCUCUUACUGUACCAUUCGGCCGCUAAACGCACGUCCGUCGCGCGCGCAUCAAAACGGACUCGCGCCGCUACAAUAAUAUUAUCACCUACAUAUACCCGUAUAUAAUUAUUAUUAUUAAAAAAAAAAAAAUAAAUAAAUAAAAUACAUAUAAUAUUUAUUAUAUCGUACGUAUGUUAUAUUAUUAAAAAAAAAAAAAAAUUUUUUUUUUUUUUUACCGGAAUUUCGUUACAUCCGACUAAACGCUGGUGGCGCGUGCAUUUCGUAAUACACAAUACCGUAUUAUUAUCAUUAUUGUAACCGUAAAUAUUAUUAUAGCGUUUCGGUUUUACUUUUUUUUUUUUUUCACGCGACUGCUAUCACGACACAAUAUAACCGUCUUCGUGAUAAUAAUAUAAUUAUAACAUAUCGCCCGCACCGUGUUCGCGGUUCCCGACUGCACCACCGCCAUGGCCGCGGAGACGAUCAUGUCGCCGGACGGCCGCGGGUACAGCCGCGAGCUUUGGCUGAACGUGGUGGCCACCGCGCUGGGCCUGACCUACUCGGCGUACCGACAGCUCCGAGCCGCCCGGACGCUGCCGCCCGGCCCGUGGGGCGUGCCGUUCCUGGGGUACGCGCCCUUUUUGUCCAACCACUGUACGUACUUGAAGUACAACGAACUGGCCCGGCAGUACGGGCCCAUAUGCUCGUUCACGCAGCGCGGCAACACGGUCAUACUGCUCAGCGACCACAAGCUCAUCAAGACGGCGUUCGACAUGAAAUCCGUCACGGGCCGGCCCAACGACGGAUACAUGGACAUUAUCGGCGGAUACGGUGAGUUUUUUUUUUUCCGAGUUUUUUAUGCAAUUUUUUCUAACUCAACCUAACCUCGCGCAGAUGUAUACCUACGAUUACGAAAUUAUAGUCGCGAUUAUAAAAAAAAAAAAAAAUUUCUCAUAUAGGCGUGUGAGCGUUUUAUUAUAUAUAUAUAUAUAUAUAGUACACGUAUGAAAUAUGAUCGCCAUAAUAAUAUAUUAUGUAUUAUAUAUUACACGUUCGAUACAUUAAUAUAAUAUAUAUGUGUAUGUUUUUUUUUUUUAAUUGUUUUUUUUUUUUUAUAUUUAAAUAAAAUAUUAUGUACGUAUGUCCUCGAGAUAUCGGCGCGCAUGUACGUACGUUGUGAAUAUAUUUUGAAACUGUGUCGCAAUUUUUUUUUUUUUGACAUACUAUACGCCGGCACAAUAUUAAUUAUUAAAUAAUCACGUGGCCCACGACCGCCGCCGCCGUACGUUGCACAACGCGUGCGCGGACACACACACGAAUAAUGGUUUAGAAUGAAAAAAAAAAAAAUAAUAAAAAAAAAUAAAACCUAAACAUUUCGUUCACCGCAAAUUUUUAUUAUUACCGCGACCUGCGGAUCCGUUGCGGAGCGUAUUUCUAAUAAUUAUUGUUUUUAAAUAUAAUUUUCGUUAUGGUUCGUAACAGGCGCGGUGAACAGCACCGGAAAGUUAUGGGAGUCGCAGAGGAAGUUUUUACAUUUGGUGCUCAGACACAUGGGCAUGACGUUCACGGGCCACAACAGGUUGAACAUGGAAAGCCGGAUAAUGGUGAGUAAAUUUAUCGAAUCGACGUCCCUAUAAUACAGUAAUAAUUGAAAUACAAUAUAAUAUAUUAUCGUUUCUACCCGUACACACGAGUAUUACACGUAUAUUAUGUAGUCUUUAGAGUUUUUGUGAAAGUUAAAAAAACGAAAAAAAAAAAAUGAUAAUUUAUUCACGCGAGAAUUUUUUUUUUCUAAACAGAUCGAAGUGUCUACGCUGACGGAAACGUUUCACAAGGCCUGCGGCAAACCGAUAGAUUUGAACGCGGGCUCGUUGUGUCUGGCCAUCACUAACGUAAUCAGUUCGUUGACGAUGAGCGUGCGAUUUGAGCCAAACGACCCGCGGUUCGAACGGUACAUGCACAUGGUGGACGAAGGGUUCAAGCUGUUCGGGAUGCUGAGACCCGUAAGUCUGUUCUUGCCCAGGCGUCAUCUGGCGGACGAGCGGAACAUCCAGCAGAAAAUCAAGAACAACCAUCAGGAGAUCGCCGGGUACUUCCAGAACAUCAUCGAGGAGCACCGAAACACGUUCGAUUCGAAUUUCGUCCGGGACCUGGUCGACGCGUACCUGCUGGAAAUCCAGAAGUCCGAGAACGCCGGCACGAUGGACCAACUAUUCCAGGGCCUGGACCCUAACCGGCAGAUCCAACAGAUUCUGGGCGAUCUGUUUUCGGCUGGCAUGGAGACCAUCAAGAACACCAUACUGUGGGCGAUGGUGUACAUGCUCCACUAUCCGGACGUGAUGACCAAGGUGCAGGACGAGAUCGACUCGGUGGUUGGGCAAUACAAAUCGCCCGUGCUCGACGAUUAUCCGCACCUGCCGUACACGCAGGCCACCCUGUACGAAGUGCUCCGGAAGUCCAGCAUCACGCCUUUGGGUACGACGCACGCCACGACCAGGUAAAUAAUGUAACAACAAUAUUAUAAUAAUACAAUAAAGCGGGCCGUUAUUUUUAACAUUUGUCCGACUUCGCAAUAAAAUGUGCGGUUUUUUUUAUAACGUUUGUUGUUUUCUUUUUCCCGCGUGCGCAGCGACGUCACCCUGAACGGUUACCAUAUACCGACGGGCGCCCAGAUCAUACCCCUGCAGCAUUUCGUGCACAACGACCCGAACUUGUGGGAUGACCCGGAGGCGUUCAAACCGGAAAGGUUCAUAAAUGCGGAGGGCAAAGUAAAAAAACCCGAUUGCUUUUUACCGUUCGGCGUUGGUGAGUAUUCCGCGAGCCACUCGCCUAAAAAAAAAAAAAAAAUAUCCGAACCAAAACUAAUCAUUUUUUUCCCAUCCCGUCAUCAAGGUCGGAGGAAAUGUUUGGGCGAGACACUAGCGCAGAUGGAACUGUACUUGUUUUUCUCGACCUUGUUACACGAAUUCAACGUGUGCUUGCCGGACGGUGACGAGCUGCCCAGCAUGGACGGCCAAAUCGGCAUCACACUGACCCCGCAAUCGUUCAAGGUCGUUAUGAAAAAACGCACCAGGUAAAUUAUCGUUAUCGAUAACGAAAGAAUAUCGUCCGUGUAUAACAUUAGUAUACGAAAUAUCUCAGAUCCUCUUUUAUUAUUAUUAUGUUUUGUUUGUUUAUGUAAUUUUAACGGACCGAGUAAAUGUUUUUUUUUUCGUAUAGCCUCGUAUAAUAUUAGAGAAAAAAAAACACAAUCAUUAUUUAUUAUCGCUUGCACACGUUAUAAUUAUGGGUGUAUGAUGCGUAUCGUACAGAGUUCUCUUAGAAAUAAUAUAAUUUCGAGCAAAUUUUUUAUUUUAUUUUUUUUAAACGUAAGUCCAAACUAUUUAUUGAUUAACUAUUAUAUUACGUUUAGUUUAAUAUUUAUUCCCAUUUUAUUUGUAUUUAUAAAAAAAACGCUAUUAUUUGUUGAUAUUAUUAUAUUAUUUAAAUGUAAAAUUAUUGCAUUAGGAAUUAAAUAUAUUUACAAGUGCAUAUUUUCCUAUAUCGAUAUUAUGACGUUAUGUAUUUAACUAUGUGCCAUAUAUUAUUUUUAGUUUUUUUUUUUAAAUUAUUUAAUUUAGUUCAUAGUAUUAUGUAUGUUAAUUAUAGAUAUACUCGUUGUUUUUUUUUUUGAAAAUAUUACCAAUGUACAAGCCUAUUAAAAAUAAAAUGUUAAAUGUUUUUUUUGUCAAUAUUAUUUAUGCAGUGUUGUGUUUUAUUUCAAGGGGAACUGUUCUAGCAACUCAUACGACACAAACGAAAGUUUAUUUGACUGAGAAAAUGUAUGCAUUUUGUAUUCUUUCUAAAUUUAAUAUUCCAACAUAUUUACUAUCUGCGAUUUAUUUUGCUUGAGGUUUUUUUUUCAUAACUAAACGAUCUAUAAGGUUUCGAACGAACGAACAAUAGUGUACGAUUUUUAUUGAAAUCUAUGCAAAAAAC